AUGACCAACCCACCCCAAGACACAAGCGGAAUGAAGGAGCAAACGUGCUGGUGGAAUGCUGGCUUACCUGCCACACCCCUGUCAUGUUUCGAUCGUUCGCCCUCGCUGAGCAAUGCAAUUAGGUCUACUGUCUCCUCAACUCCACCAUCCCAUGGUUACGCUUUGGCAAUAAAUAUUGCGCCGGCCGAGACCAGGGACGGUAAUAGGCUCCGUUCAUGUAUGUGUGCCAACCCUGACUGUAAAAACAUUAUAUCAUUUCCUCAAUCGGGUUCAACGUGUAUCUAUACGUGUUGCGGAAACCAAUCGAAAGCUGUAGGAAUGUGCGAUGGGGCUAUAGCUAUGACACCAAGCUUCUGUCAGUCUCAAAAUACAUCGGACUUUGUAUGCGGGAGUGUGCUUGGUUGUGGUAACAGAGUUGAUGCGACGCCCUGUAACCUGCACGCACAUGAUAAUUGGACAGGUGCACUUGGGAGUCACCCCGCAGUCCAGGUUCCAACAGCUUCAGCCCCCGCACAUACCCAAAUUGGCGCGAAGAACUGUGUUGAGAGUAUUGACGCCCAGAAUGAAACUUGUGAAGAGGUAAUGGAACCCUUUGAGUCGCGAUUUCCUACUUCAUCAUGCGAUCUUCAUGCUCAUGGGGAAGAGUGUGCGACACAGUCGGGGGAAAGUGACAAGAAGGUUAUGAUAGACUUACUUUUCCAUAUGUGGCGUCACGGGAAAACAGACGAAUCUACUUCCGCACAAACGUGUAGGAGCAAAUGUAGUGCAGUGGAGACUCACUCAUGUGCGCCCUCCAAAGUCGAUCACGACUCACAGUGGGGGAAACCACUUCCUUGGCGUGCUUGUGAGAGCUCUCCCCCUUCGCAUGAUUGUAGCAAUGCCUGCUCGCACUGCACCGUAAACAAUCAACACAUUAACGCAUCUUCCCAGGAUGCUGUGGCUGUGGGCAGGGAAGCAGAUCCACAUUGUUCUGCUUCUGGACGAAACCCACCUUCGACUGGCUCACGCCUGGAGCAGCACGCACUGCUAAACCACCUGAAGAAGACAGUGGAAAAGUUGCAGCAGAACUACAAUGAACUUUACUGGAACUGUUUUUCGGAUAGGAGCACGGACCAGAACACAUCACAACCAACCUCAGGAUCAGCAGGGUCGGAGAAACCUAUUUGUAGUGCAGGAAAACGAAAAGAAGAGUUCGGCACCCGCACAAGCUGUCCGGUGCGUAAUUUGACCGUGGAACCUGGCGACGAUCAUAUGGGAUCUGCCCCAAAAAUAGAUGCUCGCAGUCGCUUAUCAGGGGACUGCGUACCUCUACAUACCACGAGUCGGGAAGCAGAUGUGCCAAAACCCAAAGAAUAUGCUGCCCACAUAUCAGCUCCACCGGACGUAACGCCUUUCUAUACGGGGCAUUCACUGGCGACCUAUAUAGAUAAUGAUGCCGAAGUAUGCGUAGAUAAAGACCAAAUUUCGGCAGCACCAGGUAUUGAUACAGUAGAUAGAAUCAAUAGAUGUAAAGAGGCGGACAUCAACGACUUGCCGUCAAGCUUCUGCCCGUUUCCUCCAGCAACACUAACCGCAUCAUCACCCCCAGUCUCUGGUAGGUCAGCGAACGAAGGCGAGGUUUGUAAUUACGGUACCGACAACGGGCUCCAUAGCGAAAGUGCAAAAGAUGAAAAAGUGUGCCGCAAGCUUGAAGAGAGAUCCCCCCACGAUUCGUUUGCUUCAUUUCUUGUGUGUUCCCCCGACUCGAGCUUGACACGUCCCUUGUCGAAUUCGAGACCGCGUCGGAGCAUUCCACUUACGUCUCCGGGUGAUCCCGUAGCCACAGGUUCUGAUGUCUAUAACGUCUCGCCACGACUGAGCGACCGUCGUAUAGUUUCGUCUGAUGACUGGCGGCCACUCACACGCAACGCGGGUGCGGCGCAACGAGGCUUUGAGAGACGAAUCGUAUCGCCAUCUCCGCGGGGUGGCACCGCGACACGACCUCAGGGGGAGCGCAUUUCAUCGCAUGCGAGCGUGGGUAGCGAAAGGGAUCCAAGUGGAUUAGUUCACACGGACAACUCUCCUCCAAGGCGGCGUACGGCUAACCUCACAUUGCCAGGGAGCAUCGCAACCACUUUCGCGGGCAAUGACAGAAGAAGUCGAUGGAGCCCUCGAAGACGUAUAGCGCGGCCAUCGUCACCACUCGCUGCGUCUUCGCGGUACGUAAGUCCUAUACCCCACGAAGUGCGGACGGUGCUUCAACGCGACGAAUCAUUAACAAUGUUAGAUGCUCACCGGAGAAACAUAGGGAAAUUAUCACCACAACCACCGAAGGACAACAGUAUAGAGCACGUUUUUGCGAGACCGUGGACGGAUGAGCAGGAAGUGACGGAGGGUGGGCGGAGGGCCCCAACAUGGAUACGCUAUCAAAGGGGGUUUAACACCUCUUUGUCCAACAUACCACCGGACACCUUUCGUCCUUCACGAGCACUGAGCUCUCGCGAUUAUAUGUCACCUUCCACCGCUUCGUGGGACGCAUCAACGUGGCGAGGCAAUUAUGUUGGCUCACGCAAGUGCGUUUCAGCUGAACGCCGACCAAGGGGCAUUGGCAACUCGCACGGUAGUGUCGACUUAGACAAGUACAACUUAGCGCAGAGGGACACUUACUGGCAUAAUUCACCAACACUUUUCUGCAAAAAAGAGAGCGAGGAAGUUCUGAGGUCGUGGAAGAAACUUGUGUCCCCCGAAGGGACUAAUGAAAUUGAAAGGAAUGCAUCGCCACCCUCGGUCCGCAGUACCAAACAGGGACGCAAUACGAAAUCACCAGGCCAAAAGAGUAGUGGUCGCAGUUCCGUUGCAAGAAUUAAGAAUAAAGAUAAGGGGAAAUCUUCUGAAAAAGCAAAUUGUUGCCCAGCUCCACAGAAAUUAAAUACGAGCACCAGGCGUUCAGUAUCCAACGACGGUGCGGGAACGAAACCAGAGAGUCAUGCGCUAGUAAGUACUGAAAAGCGCUGCAGAUCACGCAGCGCCAGAAGGUACGGCAUCUUAGCGGCUGCCUUGGAUGUCAGCGGAGUCAGUACGGUAGAAGCCAUCAAAGGCCUGAGAAGGCGCGGGAGGAGUAGGGACUCGUCCGUAUCGCACCGCUUUGGGAUUCGCAGAAUGUCUGUUUCACCACGGAAUGUCAAAAAGUAG